AUGCAUGUGAUUGAAGCCUUUUCUUGCGCUUCAUUGGACUUCGAUCUUUUCUGGACGAACAGCUGCUGCGAAGAUGCCGUCAAAAAGCCGGCUCUAGAUGAGUUUGCUAAGCUCAAGACCGGCGCUAAGAGAGAAUAUGAAGAGGCAAUCGCAGUCGCGAGAAAGAAGAAAGUCAAGUACGAAGGAGUUAUCAAGGCAGAGAAGAAGCUUUUGGGCAUCGGACAUCAAGAACUGGACGAUGAAACGAUCGACGCCCGGAUGAAGUGCAAGAUAUGCUUGGAGCGAUUCAACGAUGGGGAUCGCGCAAUGAGCGUUCUCCGUUGCCGACAUGUCUUCUGCGCUAGCUGUUUGGAACAAGUCGAUCCGAAGCACUGUCCAGUUUGCCGAGAAGUAUUCACCAACGACCAGAUCCAAAAAAUCAUUUGGAGUUGA